GAGUUAGAGUGUUCAGUGAGAGACUGAGAAAUGACGUCGUUUUGUAGUGCACUGUGCUUCCAGAUUCCGGUGAUCAACAGCGGCGUACUCCGCAACCGCACUUCAUUGAGCACCGGAAGAGAGUGUUUCUCAGUUACCGGCGGCACAUCGAAGCGCUCUUUGUCGUUGACAUGCUCGAGCGUUUCUUCUGAUGCCAGAAUAGUAGUUAAGGAAGCUGUUGAAACAGAAAAAGCACCUGCAGCAUUGGGACCAUAUUCCCAAGCAAACAAAGUUAACAACCUUCUCUUUGUAUCUGGUGUUCUUGGCCUUGUUCCUGAGACCGGGAAGUUUGUCUCUGAUAAUGUUGAUGAUCAAACAGAACAGCUUCUCAAAAACAUGGGGGAAAUCCUUAAAGCUGGUGGUGCAAGCUACUCAUCAGUUGUUAAAACAACGAUUCUGUUGGCUGACUUGAAGGACUUUAAGACAGUCAACGAGAUUUAUGCCAAAUAUUUCCCUGCACCUUUCCCAGCUCGCGCGACUUAUCAAGUAGCUGCAUUACCAUUGGACGCCAAGAUUGAAAUCGAGUGCAUUGCAGCGCUUUAAGCACCGAUUUCAGUAGUGUAUCUAUCUAGCUUCUUCAGCAAACCCAGGUCAAUAAUAAUGCAGGAGGGACAUGAAGUUUAGUGUUUUUACCUUAGUUUGUUUGCCAUGGAUGAUGAAGCUAUAACUUUGUACUACAUAAGGUUGCCAUGAAUAAAGUUGAAACAUUGUUUGUGUCUGUUGGUUAAAA